GCAGAACCCAGGAAGGACGCUUGGUACAGGUGGCGGGCCAAUAUGAUCCCGGAGCUACUGUCCCUCCUCUGCUUCAAGGCAGAGAAACCCCAUGAUCUGCCAUCUGCAAGCUGGAGGCCCAGGAGAGCUAGUGACAGGUUCCAGUUCCAGAGCAGAACAUUGUGGUCUCAGCCCGAGCAAGCAGGCAGGGGAGCAUCCCACCUCCUCCCACCUCGGCAGAACGCCCACCCGCCUUAGAGAGAGCCACCUGCUUUACUCAACACCCCAGUGCAAAUGCUGAGCUCUCUGGAAACCCCAGAUGUUCAACCAGGACUGUGCCUUGGCCAGAGAGACGCCAGUGGAGAUGGGCCCCUUCCCAAGCCCACCCUCAGCGCCUGGCCCAGCUCGGUGGUCCCCACCAAGAGCAACGUGACUCUGCGAUGCUCCAGCCCCAUCCCGGGGGUUGACUUUGUUCUCAGAAAGGGCUCUGCUACUUUGGACACCAGGCUGCCACGUGAUGCAGCUGAGACCACGGUUGAAUUUCAUCUCACUGAGCUAGGCCCCCGGAGUGCUGGAUGGUACACCUGUGAGUGCUUCAGGAGAGGGUCUCCUUAUGUGACAUCCCAGGCCAGCAAUGUUCUUCUACUCUUGGUCACAGGAUAUUUACCUAGACCUUCCCUCCAAGCCCACCAAGCGGGCGUGGUGACCGCGGGGGGAGAGGUGACCCUGCAGUGCCAGAUGCCCAACACUGCGGUGGCGCCUUUGGUGUCUGCCCUGCUGAAGGCGGGGACCCCGUCCCCGGUGCAGCUGCACAGGCCCGUGGGGAGGGAGGCAGACUUCUCCCUUCGGGAUGUGACGGUCCGAGACACGGGGACCUACAGCUGCAUCUACUACCAGGCCAGGCCUCCCUUCUGGGCCUCAGACCCCAGUCCUUCCCUUGACAUCCUGGUGACAGUUCCCGCAGGCACCCCGACCCAGGGUUACACCAAGGGCAACCUCGUCCGGCUGGGAGUGGCGGCUGUCGUCCUGCUGAUCGGGGGCCUCCUCCUGCUGGAAGCCUGGCACGCGCAAGGGGAGCUCCAAGUGCAGCCAGAACCCCCCCAGCUCCCCAGGGCACCCGUGAAUCCUGGAGAGCGUCCUGCACCGGCUCACCCAGCUCUUUGAAGGGCGUCCCCCUCCUCCGGACUCCUCACCGGGGACAGAGCAGAGGCUGGGCACGCUGCAUGAUCACUGUCAUCAGACGUGGGUGCUAUCUGUUCCCCACUGGCAUGGCCUUGCCACCUGGACCCUCAGCUGAGCCCGUGUGUGUGUGGACCUCUUUCUGUAACCCCAGCUCAUUCAUGUGGUCAUUGUGGCUUUCAUUUUCCUUUUCCUAAGAGUGGAUGUUGAGAAGAUAGAAUAUACAAGAUUUUAUAUACAUAUUUAUGUAUGCAUUUAUACAUAAUACAGAUGGACCUCAUGUGAAAUGCAUAUUUAUAUUCCUAUAAAUUGCUGACUGGAUAUUUUAUCCACCUUUUUUUUUAGUUGAGUUCUUUUUUGGGGGGAUGGAGCCCCCCAAAAAAGGACACGCUUAUCUGGGUUCUUUAUCUUCUUAACUUUGCAAUGGACAAACACACGAUCUGGACGCAAGCCCAUCUGUUUAUAUGCAUUGUGCGAACAUUGGUUUUAGUCCAUGCCCUAUCUUCAGUUUUUAACCUCUCUUUCUUUCUGUAUGGGAGUCGAACCAGGGUCUCACAUAUGCUAGGAAGUGCCCUACCACAGAGCCACCUCCCCAGCCCCUGAACAUCUCUUGAAAAGCAAGGGUUUUGAAUUUUGGUGAAACUGAUAAACCAUGAGUAUUUUUUCCUCUAUGGUAAAGCUUCUGUAUCCCAGCUGAGAAAUGUGUGCCCACCCCAGGGUGAAGGAUUUGUAUCCCUGUCUGGGCCACAGUUUUUUGGCUUCCCACUUUCUAUUCAUCCUGGUGUCUGGGAGCGGUCGGGCUCAUGAUUUGACCUGCACUCUGGGUAUUUCAGCGCUGUUUCCUGAAAGGACUAUGUAUUUCCCUUGGGACCACCACGGCACUAUUGCUCAAAACUCAACUUACUGUGCCAGUCACGCUGACGUGGGUCUGUAGUCCCGGUAACUUGGGAGGCAGAGGCAGGAAGAUCACUUGAGCCCAGGAGUUUGGGACCAGCCUGGGCAACACAGCAAAACCCUGUCUCAAAAAAUAAAGCAAUGUAUGAGUGUACCUUCCCCCCUACAUCCUCACCAACAUUUAUUGUUGAUUGUAUUCUUGUUAAUUGUCACUCUGAUUGAAAUCUUAGAGUAGUUUUGAUUUGCAUUUCUCUAAUUGUUAGAGGUGUUGAAUGUUUUUGCAUAUACAGCGUGUCCGAUAUGAUCCCGCCAUAUGUACAAUCAGAAAAAUGAGAAAUUAGACCCCAUUUAAGCAUGAUUUAUCAAGACGCAUACAUGCCUUUUACUGUCAUGUAUAACUA